GACCCGGCGCGACUGUCCUGCCCCUCGCGCCGCCCUCCCUGCGCCUCAUUCCUAAGGACUGCUGCUGGCCUGGGAACGCGAGGCAGCCACAGGUCGGUUAGGCCGCCAGCCGGGCUCUCCGGGCUGUGAGGUCCCCGCGAGCCCCUUGGUUGGACAGAGACCAAUUCUGGAUCCGCCAGACGGGGAGACUGAGGACCAGGCAGUCAGGUCGCCAGGAGCCCUUUGUGAGCCCAUCGGCCCGUCGCUGCCGCGCCAGUCACCCGGCCAGCGCGGAGGACAGCCAGUGGGUCUCCGGCCACCAAUAGCGGACUGUCGGUUAAGGAUCAGCUGCCCAUCGCCUCACCCCUUCUGAACUGCACGGUCCUGAUGUCAGAGCCCGUGUCGCAAAGAGGCUCCGCUGGCCCUGGGAACUGCUGCUGCCACCAAUGGGGCCUCCCCUGCCCCAGCUGGCUCCUGCCAGGCUGCUCCACUCCUCUUGCUCCUUGGAGCAGACGCUGCAGUGCAGCUGUUCCUUCCAGGGGGUCCCCACGCCCUCCGUGCAGUGGCGGGUGGGAGGCACCCUCGUGGGUGUGAAUGGCACAGACGACAGCCCCCAGGUGACGUCCACCAUGCUCGGCCCCUGGGCCAACAGCACCCUCCGCCUGACCGGGAAGCCAGAAAUAGGCACGAGACUUCUCUGUGAGGCAAAGAACGAAAACGGAACGCACGCGUUGAGCAUCCUCCUAAUGUCAGGUUCUCUGGUUUCUCAGAACUUCAUGAAAGGGCUGAUCCAGGGUGUAGUGUACGGAGCCACUGCAGUCACAUUGCUCUUCCUCUGCCUCCUCCCCCUCCUAGUGAAACAUGUCAGAAUGAAGCAGGCAAAGAAAACUGCAGUGAUCAGAGCAAAGAAGAGCCCUAAAGUCAAAGCCAGCCAAGAAUCCGAGAUGUCUCUGAAGCCUAAGGAACCAGGAAAAUCCACAAUCACCCCGUCUCCUGAGAGACAGGUACAGGAAAAGCAAUGAUCCAGCUAAGCCUGUGGAAAGUACACCAUGCCUGGAGUUUCCAUUAUCCCUGGAAUCACAAAAGUCCCCCAAGUCCAUCGAGUCCCCAGAAACCCUGGGGUCCAUACUAAACCUGGAGCCCCAGGGUGAUGUCAGCUCAGAAAGCCCUCUCAACCCUCCCUGCCCCUCAUGCUCGUUCUCCGCUGGAAAAGGGCUGCUCUUGGGCCUGGUUUUAGAAACGUGGAAGGCAAAGUCUGUGAGUUGCGGUUCGGAUUAGCCAGCAGAAACACACCUCGCCAGGGAUGGUGUCAAAGGAAGGAAAAACGCAUGUGAGACCGUGAAAUGGGUCCCUCUGGAAGCUGCUUUUGAGCCCCACUGUGUGCCGGUGCCUGGGACGCACCUGCAGGAGCACCAGGCUUUGAAGCCGUCACACUCGGAUGGAACCCCAGCAUCAAUGCUCUGUGGCCGUGUGCCUCUGGACAAGGCCUUUCACCCUCCCCAAAUGCCAGUGUCUUCACAGGACGUGCGCCUGCGUGGGGCGAGGGCGGAGAAAAGGCACUGCCACGGAGAAAACGCACUGCCACGGGCUCCGAACGCCGAGACGGGCACCAGGGCUGUGUCUCUAGGACCUUAUCCUGAUGCCCUUAGGAUGUACGUUCCACAAGAGCAGGGACCUUGUCUGUCUUGUUUUCUAUUUGUGUCACCAGCAUCUGGAAUGAUGCCUCAAAUAUAAAAAGCUCUCGAAAAUG